AUGCGUACAGCACUUGCCUCUGGAUUGUCGGAGGUUCGCCGGCGUGUGUCGUCCCCUCCGCCGCUGCGCGCCAGCAAGCGCAUAGCGAAGAAGCCUGCGAGGACCGUGUCCGGCGCUGCCCUGGCCGAGGCCCGUAAGGGUAAGAGGAAGCAAACCAAGAGGGGGCCUGCGGCAUCUGCUGAGACAACCAGCCUGCCGCCGACUUCAGAGACUCCGACCUCGAAGAGAAGGCGCCAGCACCGCCGGGCUGCCAAGAAGCAACGUCGCCCGUCGCCCGCGUCAGCUCGGCCCCGGCCAACGGUGCUAUCCCGGGAUGGAGCCCCUGUCUCGCAGCAGCAGCAGCAGCAGCGCCAUCCCGCACAGCCCGCAAGCGCUUACCGCGCGGAGACCAUCAACCCGCUGCAGGCGCCGGAGCCCCGAACGCUCGAUGGCGCAGCGCCCGACGCUGCUGCACGCUUCACCGCCGGACCCCCGCGUGUGCCUGGCAGCUCUGGUCAACGUGACGGCUUCAACCUUUCUGCUUUUAUGGCCGCUUUUGAGCCGGGAGCCCCCGCCACGUCGGAUGCCGGCGAGCAUACUGUGUCGCGUGUCCGAGUUAAUUCUCUACGCCACGACGGUGCUGAUAUUCUAGUCGAGCUUAGGCUACUGAGGGCGGAAAAUGCACGUCUUAAGGAGCUUUUGCAAUGCAGUGCACCUGUUAUCCCCAGUGAUAUCGGAACCCGUGGUACGGCGCCCAACGCCAAGGGCGAGUUGCCUCCAGAGGCUCUGCAGUUCUUGUCGUAUGCCAGUUUCCCUGAAGGACCGAAGAAAGCCAAGGGCGAGUACAACCCCCCACAGGCUCACCUCGUCGCGGCCGCUAGGAUGUUCAAGCUCUUCACCUGGAACGAAGACUCGGCGCAGUGGUGGCACGGAUACUGCGAAGCGCUGCGAGCGAUCGACUUCCAGUCCAGCGAGUGGACUAUGGCGCUGGUAAACGCCUUGACUCAGCGCGAAGAGAGACGGGACGACCGGCAUGACCACUACCGCCGCGAGGAAAGCCGUCCGCCCCGCCGCGAGCAAGCACGCGGCCCCGCAAUCCCAGAGGACAUCCGCCGUCUUCUACCAGUGAAUCGGCGCGGCCAGGAACCCUGUCUCCGCAAUGUGGCCGGGCUGCCUUGCUCCGGGGGGACCUGUGAUCGCUGUGGAAACCCUGGGCGAGCCCAUGACUGGCGCGAACCCCUGCAAGACUGGGUAGACAGGACGUACGGCCGUAACCGCGACCAUGCCAGCCGCCGUUGA